AGGCUGCUUGGGCCGCAGAAGCAGCUUCAGCGAGCAGCAGGGCAGGUUGUCCAAGUGGGGAGAGAGGUGAGGGCUGGCGGUCCAGGGGACGGGAGGAGUCAGAAGUCACGAGAGUAAAUAUUUCCUAAAGAAGGAAACCGAGGCCCAGAGAGGGCGAACGACGUGUUCAGAAUCACACAGUGAGCCAGAGAGGACACCUGCAGCCACGUAGGGUAGUGGAGGGAGGGCAGUAUCCUCAAGACUCUUCCGUAAGCAGCAAAGUAGCCCUCCACAAGGUCUUUCUGUCACAGAGCUGAUGGAGACAGUUAAUGGAGUUUCCAAGAUGAGCAUUGCACAUGAAAUUGUGGUGAACCAGGAUUUCCAUAUGGAAGAGAUGGCCUUAUCUCCAGAUAGUCUGGAAAGCAAGAUUAAGGAGACAAUGCACAAUGCUUUCUGGGACCAUCUUCGAGAACAGCUGUCAGCUGUUCCUCCGGAUUAUACUUAUGCUCUACAGCUUCUAAAAGAAAUCAAAGAGAUUUUGUUAUCGCUGCUCCUUCCUCGCCAGAACCGCCUAAAAAGUCAGAUUGAAGAAGUGAUGGAUAUGGAGCUACUUAAGCAGGAAGCUGAUCAUGGAGCAUUGGAUGUGUCUCAUCUGUCCACCUACAUCCUGAGCAUGAUGACAAUGCUUUGUGCACCAGUUCGAGAUGAAGAGGUUCAGAAACUUGAGAGCAUAUCAGAUCCUGUGCAGUUACUGAGGGAAAUAUUCCAUGUUCUAGGCCUGAUGAAAAUGGACAUGGUGAACUUCACCAUCCAGAGCAUACGACCACAUCUGCAGGAGCACUCAAUCCAAUAUGAACGGGCCAAAUUCCAGGAGCUUCUCCAGAGGAUGCCUAACUUCCUGGAUCACACCACAAAGUGGCUAAGCCAAGCAGCUACUGAAGUUAUGACACCCCCUCCACCCCCCUAUGACCCUCCCGAGCAAAUCACUUCUUCACCUGCAGAUGAGACAAUGAAAGACAAUCCUAUAAGCCCCUCAAUGGUGUUAAAUCAGGGUUACAUGAAUCUUCUUCACUGGGAUCCUGACAAUGAGGAAUUUCCCGAGACUGUGAUGAUGGACAGAACCCGGCUGCAGGAGAUUCAGUGCCAGUUAAAUCAGCUGACCAUUUUGGCCUCCGUAUUGCUAGUAGCCAACAGUUACUGUGGCCCUAAGUUACUGGGUUCACCUCAAUUUGUAGACAGACUGAAACAAAUAAUCAAAGUCCUCUUGGAGGGAAAUCAGUCAAGGCUCAAUGAGGCCUUGCUGAGUAUAAGUGACCAAGUGCUUCAGGAAAUACAGCAGGCCCUUGUGGACCUGAAUCUUCCUGCUUUAAGCAAAGAAAAUGCGGCUUCCCUGUCAGGCCAGAUCCACAGUGUGGCCAAGGAGGACAACUGCGUCCGCAGCAUCAUUGAUCAACGGAUCCGUUUGUUUCUCAAAUGCUGCCUGAUCCGGGGAGUGCAGCCUUCUCUGAGGGAUCUCCCUGGAGGCAUUACUCCUAUUGAAGAGGAGCUGGCAGAAAUGGGCCAAAGGUUUUCCUGCCUGAUACAUCACAACCAACAAGUGUUUGGGCCCUACUAUGCUGGCAUCUUAAAAAAAGUGCUCUACUCUCCACAAGAGUCGGAAGCAAGCGUGGAUUCUAUCUGACAUCUCGAGGGGAACGCCCUGAUGUGGGGCGGGGAAGAGAAGAGAGCUCUUUGUCCGUUGCCUGUGGCUGGCAUGACAGCCACAUCUCCUCUUCCCCCCACUGCAGCCAGAACACCAAGGCUGCAUGUGAACACCAAGCUGCCUGAGCCCUUUUUACCAAUAAAUUUCUGAGCUGCAAGAAUCA